AUGGCCCGUGGUUUCCUUGUCGCUCGUCAUGAAGUUGAUCAGGUUGAGAUUACACUGAGCAAGUGUAUGAAGGACGAGCUACACGAACGUCCUGGGAAGUUUCUCACUCUUCUCGUCAAGAGAGCUGUACCUCUUCGUGCUGCUGAAGUCUUGGCUCGUGAUAUAGGCGACCUCACUGGGAUCGAAGUCGGCAGUACAGCCGCUGUAUGCCUAAUCGCCAUCGGAGCAUCUGACGGUGUGAUAACAGCUGCUUCUGAGCUACUCGCCGACUUCAUCGCCAGCGUGGAAGUCGGCUCUGCUGUCGUCACGGGGGGUGUAGAUGCAGCUGCCAUGGCUGGUAUCGCUAUCCUCUGGGGCUUGAACGACGAGUUCUCACAAGAGUGGAAGCUGAAAACUGAUGUGAAGAAGAUUGAUCUUCCCAAGAAUCCCAGUCUCAGCUGCCCUAUUUUCCCUCUUGCUUGCAUGGGAGAACGUUGUCAAGGCGGAAAGGGCGCCGAUGUCGAUAUUGAUACCAAGUGCUAUGCUGGACAGGAGUCCAAGUACUCAGUUGAUAUGGAUGAAGAGGAUUGGAAGAGCACUUUGGAUAAGUUCUGCGAGACCAAGCCAUUGUUGCGUGAUAGUUUUGAUGAGACGUGGACAGACGCAGAGCUCGGCGUUACUGACUACGACGGCUAUGUUUGCGAAGACGUUUUCGAGAAGUUCAAAUCAUGCGUUGAAGACAGCGAAACCAUCAACUGGGGUCAACUUGAUCUCGACUGUGGAACUCUCACUUACAGUAUUUAUGACGGCGAAGCUGAAGACACAGACAAAAAGUCUCUUGAAUGGGAUUCUAACCCAAGCUGCUUCGCAUCUGACGAGUUUGGCGACCACAAAGAUGUCUGGGAUCACCAGGUCAAAGAAUACGCCACAUGGGCCUGUCGGAACGCCGACGAUUCACCGGUCAAGAAGGAUGACUCGGACAGCUUCAUUUUUUUCCAGAGGUGGGCCUGGGGCGCGCUAUACCAGUAUAAUAUCUGGUGGAAGGAUGGUUGUGAGCUUGACAACGGUGCAACAGAACAGUGGGCAAAUGAUCCGCUUGACAAUGGGUCUUCUAAUAUGUGCGAGGCCACUCUUUUUGAUGCCUGGAAAGGUUGCAUGCAAUAA